AUGGAUUCUAUAUUGGUCAAUGAGAACCCAAUUGUCUACCCUAAGAAACGACGACGUGUUCGUACUGAUCGGAGCAACACCGAUGAAGAUAUCAAAGAUCCAGAGCAUACUGACCUUACGCUGGAGGACCUCCGUGUGAUUACAGAAGAAUCAGUUGAAGUUGAUGAUGCUAAGAGUUACGUUAGAGUUGUAAUCACGCCAACUCUUCCGCAUUGUCACGUCCCCCAUCUUAUUGGCCUUUGCAUCUACGCAAAGCUUCUUAAAAGCCUUCCCGCUCGAUUCAAGGUUAAUGUUAGAGUAGCACCAGGGAGUCAUGCAACCGAGGCUGCAGUCAAUAAACAAUUAGGCGAUAAGGAGCGUAUAGUGGCAGCACUUGAGAGUCCCUUCUUUGUGUCUCUCUUCAACUAA